AUGUCAGUGGAUGAACUGCAGAGAUCUACAGCUGAGCUGUUCAUCUUCAGAGCGGUCCGGGUUGAGGCUGUCGACUUCACUCAGUGUGCAACUCAUGGCAGCUUUGGCCACCGCUGGCAGGAGACGGUUUACAACAUGUUCCACUUCACCACGCUGUACGUCAUCCCCCUGCUGGUGAUGAGCUGCUGCUACAGCCGCAUCCUUCUGCACAUCCACCAGCAGCAUCUGAGGGAUAAAGGUGAGUCAUAUCUGCGUCGCAGUGGCACUGACAUCAUCCCCAAAGCUCGGAUGAAGACUCUGAAGAUGACGGUGGUCAUUGUGCUAUCCUUCGUGGUGUGCUGGACUCCAUACUACCUGCUGGGGAUCUGGUACUGGUUCCAGCCCAACAUGGUGCACGUCACACCUGAGUAUAUCCACCACGCCCUCUUUGUGUUUGGGAACCUGAACACCUGCUGUGACCCAGUCAUCUAUGGCUUCUACAUGCCAUCCUUCAGGGCUGACCUCGCCGCCUGCUGUCACCGGACGACAAGCAACGCCUCUCCACUAUCUCAGGAGCAGUUCUCUGGCAGGCAGGGUCAUCACAGUGGGAAGUUGCACCCUGCCACCAACAACCAGGCAGGAGACUGACACUGACCAGUCAGCGGCCAGGAGUUAAUCAUUGUCACUAUCAGCUUGUGAAGACCUGAACUGGGACUGCAGGAGGUGGACCAGAACUCUGAGUCUGCCCCCUGGUGGACAAACACCACAAACCGCAGCUUUAACAGGACAUUAACAUCUUUGCUAUGAUUGUCUCUGUAAAAGGAUAAAAUCGCCGAUCAUUAUUUUCUGUAAAAUUGUUUUUAAAAAUUUUGUUUUUAUAUUUUUCAUUUAUUGAACAAGUUUCUGUUACAAGUUCACAGUUUUUUUUUUAUCUUAUAUGUCUUGUGAUUGCCUGGUACAUUUGUGCUGUCUGUCCACCUGCUGAAGUCUCUGUCUUGCUGACGGACAGCUGCUCUGAUACAGAGACAGAAUACGCUGCUCAUUCAGACUGAAGCUGCUAAUGCUAAUGGGGUCUUCCUGCAAGUGAUCAUUGUUAACAGGCACAGAACAUAAUUCAGAUUAACAACAGAGGAAAAGGAUUCCCUUUAAAAAUUUGCUUCUGUUUCAUGUCAUCAGUCAGAAUGAAAACGGAAUCUUUUCGUUGUGCUUAGAGGAAAUGGGCGAAACUCCACUUUGGCUGUCUAAGCACAAAAACAGCAGUCCAAUGACAAUAAAGAACCAGGUGAAAAACUUAUGUCUGGUCACUGUGGUAGUUUUAUUCACAGCAGCAUAUGAGCAUAAAAACCAGGCAUAUGAUGAGCUUCAUCAGGAUGCAUCAUGCAACCAAUCAACAGGAAAUCAGUCACACCUGUGAGAAGCUACACCAGCCAACACCUGAAGAAAUAGACUUGUCACCAAAGGCCAAAGGAGAAAAUCAAUCCCAAAUAAUUUCUAAAAUAAUACAGACAAAAACAUGUCACAUGAUCCACUGCAAAUAAAACAGAUUCUUAACCUGA